GCUGGGAAACUUCUUUUUACAGGCAAGAUCAUCGAUGUAAGGCGCUAUGUGGGUGGUGGCUAUACGAUGGGCAGUGUCCUGAUCGCCGCCCUUGCCGACGAAGAGAAAGACUCCGAAACGAAGAACACAUCGUUUCCAGACCGGCAUAUGAUCAUACCGUUUCAGAACGAGUACCUUUACGCGGCUCUCACAGACGAAGAGGGUUCAGAAAGCGGCCAGCAAGAGGUGUUGUGUACAGUGCCGGAUCUUAUUUCGAUUCUAGGCCAGGAUGGAGAGGCUAUCGGGUCUCAGGAUCUCCGCUACGGCUUAUGCGUGAAUGUUAUCGCGCUACCUGCUCACCCGCUCUGGAAGACGGAGAAGGGGAUGCCCGUGGGAGGGCCUCAAGCCUUUGGGUUGAGCAUGCCAUUCAUUGGGGUUGGAGAGUAUACCGAACCCAGGAGUGUCAUUGACGAGUACGGGGUGUAG